GAUAGCUACAGUGAUUGCCUGUAUUUCCUUGAACAAUUCACUUGAGGGUGCCCAAGGGAACUCAUGAGAAGUUGCCUGCAUAUUGAUUCUGAGAGGGGUUAUGCUCAAGCAAAGGCCUUGCUACAAGAGCAUUUUGGCAAUGAGCAAAGGAUUGUGGCUGCUUAUAUGGAGAAAGCUCUGUCAUGGAUUCCGAUUAAGUCAGAGGACGUUACAGUCUCUUCCUCAGAAGUUGUUGCAAUGUGAUAAAUGAUGUGCAGUAUAUGUAUGAACUGGAUAUGCCUGCUAAUAUGCUUACAAUUGUGAAGAAGUUGCCCUACAGGCUAAGAGGUCGUUGGAGAACUGUAGCAUGUGAAAUACAAGAAAGGCAUCAGGAAAGGGCUAUAUUCAGUGACAUUGUUGAUUUUAUUGAAAGACAAGCAAGAAUUUUAACAGACCCUGUGUUUGGGAAUAUUCAAGAUACUCCACUAAGUAAAAGCCUGAACCGAACCACCUCAAAGCCCACACUGAGACCCAACAAAAGAAGUUUUGCCACAAAUGUGAAUACUAUGGAAAGUGACACUGAAACAAGGGAACAGACACUAGAUAGUGCCAUACCUGCCAAAGUCUGUUUGUUUUGUGAAGCUGAACAUACACUAGAGUCAUGUCCCCAAUUGAAGAAGAAGGCUCACAGAGGAAAGAUUGCUUUCUUAAAGAAAAAUGGUAUUUGCUUUGCUGUUUGUGUAUAGGACAUAUCAGUAAGGAUUGUAGAAAGUGUCUGUCCUGUCAAGUAUGUAGUUUGAAACACCCUUGCAGUGGAUAGAGCUUUAGUGUCCAGUGGCCUUACUGGGGCUGGUGAUCAUGACUGUAAGCUUCCCAUAGUGCCAGUCCAGAUUAAGUCCAAGAAAAGCAAUAAGACAGUGAUUACAUGCCUUCCUAGACCAAGGUAGCACUGCUGUUUUCUGCACUGUGAACUUGAUGAAUAAGCUUAAUCUCUCAGGAAAGAGAACACAUAUCCUUUUACGUACUAUGGGUCAAGAAAAGGUGUUGAAUAGCUACGUGGGCACUGGGCUGGAAGUGGCAGGUUUAGAUGGUGAACAGUUCUGUCAACUGUCCAGACACACAGGAAAGCAUGCCAGUCAACCAAGGCAACAUUCCAUGUCAAAAGGAUCUUCAGAGAUGGCCUCACUUAAAACACGUCCACUUGCCAGAAACUGACUCAGGAAUCAAACUGUUGAUAGGUACAAAUGUGCCAAAGGCUCUGGAGCCACUGGAAGUCAUCUGCAGUGUAGAUAAUGGACCCUAUGCAAUCAAGACCAUUCUUGGCUGGACUGUCAAUGGACCACUGGGGGGAGACAGUGGUGAAGAACUUGUCAUUGCAAUGGUUAAGAGAGUCUCUGUUUUGAAUCUUGAUGACCUUUGGCAGCAGCAGUUUAAAAUUAAUUUUCCAGAAUGCAGCCAUGACAAACAACCUGGUCUGUCAAGAGAGGAUCAAAACUUUAUGAAGAGGGUCACAGAUUCUGCUGAGCUUGUGGAUGGCCAUUAUUGGAUCGCUUUGCCUCUGGGAAAUAGUCAAGUGAGCAUGCCAAAUAACAGAAAGGUCACAGAGCAGCCAGCCUUAAAUCUGCAGAGAAGGUUCAAGAAAGAUGCAUCCUUCCAACAGCAGUAUACAGCAUUUAUAGAUGACAUCGUCUACAAAGGAUAUGCAGAACAAGUUCCCUCAGAAGAACUGGCCUGCUGUGAUGGGAUAUUGUGGUAUAUACCACACCACAGUGUUUACCAUCCACAGAAAGGGACGCUCCAUGCGGUGUUCUAUUAUGGAGCAACUUUGCGGUCAGUGUCUCUCAAUGCUCAGCUCUUGCAGGGACGAGAUCUCACAAGCUCACUGAUUGGAGUUAUGACCAGGUUCAGAAAAGAACCAGUGGUGAUCAUGGCAGACAUAGAGUCCAUGUUUCAUCAGGUGAGAGUACCAGGUGAAGAUGCAGAUUUGCUGAGGUUUCUCUGGUGGCCCAAUGGGGACCUUACAAGAACUGGUGGACUUCAGAAUGAAGGUACAUCUCUUCGGUGCAACUUCAUCACCAAGUGGUGCUAACUUUGCCCUGAGCAAACGUGCUGAAGACAAUGCAGAGCAAUUCAGCCAAGAAACAAUCAACAAAGUGUUACAUUGCUUUUAUGCCAAUGAUUGUCUCAUAGCAGUGGCUAGUGAGGCACAGGCUGUGAGGCUUUUUCAUGAUCUGGUGUCCAUAUGUUACAAAGGUGGCUUCAAAUUGACCAAAUGGAUGAGCAAUCAACAUGCUGUGAUGGAUGAAAUCCCAAAAGAGCAAAGGGCAAAGGACUUGAGGAACUGGGCUUUGGAUCACGAUAUACUUCCUGUGGAGAGAGUUUUAGGGGUGCAAUGGUGCAUUCAAUUUGACACCUUCAAGUUUAAGACUGUGGUGCCAGAAAGGCCUCUGAAAAGAAGAGGCAUUCUCUCCAUCAUGAGUUCAAUUUAUGAUCCUUUAGGAAUUCUAAGUCCUUUCCUCCUCACCACUAAGAUCAUCCUGCAGCAGCUAUGUAGGAAAGAACUUGGUUGGGACGAUUCCAUUCCAUCAUCAGCUGCCCAGGAAUGAACACAGUGGCUAGAAGAACUCGGCCAACUGGAGCAAUUUCAAGUUACAAGGUGCCUGAAACCACCAGACUUUGGAGAAGUCAUUAUGGCACAAUUACAUCGUUUUUCAGAUGCAUGUGAGGAUGGCUAUGGUGGUGUGACCUAUCUGCUCUUGCAGAAUGUGCAUUCAGAGGUGCACAGUGCUUUUGUCAUGGGAAAGUCCAGGGUAGCACCAUUGAAUUAUGUGUCUAUACCACGUUUGAAACUUACAGCUGCCAUUAUGGCAAGCCUCAGGGACACAUUCUGGAAAAGAGAGUUGCAUAUGCAGUUUCAGUCAUCAGUGUUUUGGAGUGAUAGCACAUCUGUACUUAAAUACAUCAAGAAUGAAACUUCAAGGUUCCUUACAUUUGUUGCUAACAGGGUCUCUGAAAUUCUUAAAAUAUCUCAGGUAUCUCAGUGGCGGUACAUGAAUACCACAAGCAAUCCAGCAGAGGUUCAUGAGCAAAUGCAUUCCUGAGGAAUAAAACCUAGCUGUCAGGGCCUGAGUCUCUUUUGCAUCCUGAACAGGACUAGCCUCUGAAUCCAGAUCAAAUGAAUGAACUCCCACCAGACAAGCCAGAGGUCAAGAUGCAUGUUACAGUGAAUGCCCUGGACAGCUCAGUGGAAAUGGACACUACCACCUGUUUAAUCCAUCAUUUCUCCUCCUGGAUUCGUUUAAGAAAGUCCGUAGCUUGGCUCCUCAGGUUCAAGAGCCUGCUUCUGUUGCUUUGCAUGAAGAGGGAGCAGUUGAGCUCAAAGGAACAACAGGGGCUUUUCACAGAGUGUAGGGUGGAGGAGAUCAAAGGCCAUGCAUUUAGUGGUCUGCUGACAGUGGACGAGUUAACAAGUGCUGAAAUGGAGAUAAUCAAGUUUUGCCAGAGAGGAUGGUUUUCUGAUGAAUUUGACAGUUUGCUGAGUGGCAGGGGUGUCAGUAAGAACAGCUCCAUCUUCAAGCUUUCCCCUGUGUUGGACAACAGUGUUCUAAGAGUUGGUGGGCGAUUAAGUAGGGCAGCUAUGCCAGAAGAAGCAAAGCAUCCUGUUAUAUUAGCCAAAGACCUCCACAUCUCAAGCAUUCUUCUUAGACACAUACACAAAGAGGUGGGCCAUGGUGGGUGUAAUUAUAUGUUGUCAAGGUUACGUCAAAUGUACUGGAUAACAGGUGCUUCUACAGCCGUACAAAACAUUCUGUCCAAGUGUGUUGUCUGUCGCAGGAUGCAAGUCACCCCAGGGUGCCAGCAGAUGGCAGACCUGCCUAUGGAUAGGGUCUUUCCAGAAGAACCUUCAUUCACCAGGGUCGGAGUGGAUUACUUCGGACCCUUUGAAGUCAAGAGCCGAAGGAGCGUGGUGAAGAGGUAUGGAGUAAUAUUUACUUGCUUGGCUGUAUGCACCGUCCAUAUUCAAGUAGUAUCUUCUUUGGAUACUGAUUCUUUUAUAAAUGCACUAUGAUGCUUUAUAGCAAGGCAUGGCUAAGUCCUGGAACUGCGCUCUGAUAAUGGGACAAACUUUAUUGGAGUGGAGCGUGAGCUCAGACAGGCUAUUGAAGGUUGGAAUCAGACCCAGAUUAAUGAUAUGUUUCUUCAGAAAAACAUUAAGUGGGUCUUCAACCCCCCUACAGGUUCGCACCAUGGGGGAGCUUGGGAAAGACUGAUAAAGUCAGUACGUAAAGUCUUUAAUUCCACCAUGAGGUCACAGAAUCUUGACAAAAAGGGUUUUCACACCAUUCUCAGUGAAACAGAAACCAUUAUUAAUGGUCAACCACUGACCAAGGUAUCUACGGAUCCUAAUGAUUUGGAAGCACUGACCCCUAAUCAUCUGUUGCUGUAGAAAAUAUUCCCAUCCUUACCACCAAGGGAGUUUCAGAGAAAUUACAUUUAUGCUCAUCACCACUGGAAACAGGUCCAGUAUAUGUCAGACCUGUUCUGGAAGCGGUGGGUCCAGGAGUACCUGCCACAGUUGCAGGAUCGGCAGAAGUGGUCCAGCACGAAGCGUAAUUUCAUAGUGGGGAACAUAAUUCUUAUUGUGGAUGAGAUGGCGCCACGUAAUUCCUGGGUCAUGGGAAGGGGCAACCAAACCUUUCCAGACAGAAGAGGUCUAGUACGAAGGCUGCUUAUUAAGACCAAGUCCAACUGUUUAGACAGGCCAAUACCUAAGAUCUGUCUUCCGCAAGAGGUGGAAGCCUGAAGAACUAGUUUGGUUUUUUUUUUGUUGUUUUGGGUUUUUUUUGACAGUUUGACAGUGACUGACAAACUUACUCACUGGACAGAAAGUGGUGGUAAAGAUCACUAUGACGGGCUAAGUGCUUGAACCUCUGGCCCAGACUUGACUUGUGCUUUGUGAAGAAAGAGGACAACACAGCCCCUUCGAACAUACACAAAGACAUUCACAUGGUUUUAUGAUUUUAAUGUUGUGAUGUUGCAUUUAUUACAACUUAGUAAUAAUUAGGGGCUGGGAUAUAGUGGCCAUAUGCCAUGUCCUGUGUAAUUUGUCUGUGCCUCUGCACUGUUGCUUUUAUUUUGGUGUUCGUGGGCCUGUAGGCAAAUCACAUGGGUAUUGGUGUAGGAAAUGAAUGAAUGGAUAUAUACCUGGGCACCGAUACGGUAGGAUGGAGAGGGGGUGAGUAGGGAGAGCACAUUUUUUGUUGACUGCUUGUACGCAAACUUACUGAAACUUAGAACUGCAAUUAAUAGCCUAUUCUACAUCCUUUGACUUAUUUAUUAACAUCGCUACUUUACAUAGAAGUACUUCAUGGGUUAGGCUUGCGCCCUUGCUCUUUAAAUACCAAAAUUCCUCCAGAUUCCUUGAAUCGUUUAAUCAUAUUAUGUACUGUAGAGGGUGAAAUAUCUACAGUAAAUCUUCUCAUACCUUUCUUUGAGAAACAUUGUUUUUAAACACUUCAAUAAUAUUCUCAUGCAUUUGUUGACAAAUUGGAGCUCCUCUGCCCAUUUUGUACCUCAAAAACUCUGACUUUCCUGGAUACUGAUUUUGUACCAAAUCAUGACUCCAAUUACCUGACAUCACCUGCUUCAAAUCACAUCAUUAUUUUAUUGUUUUACCUCAAAACUUUCCCUAAAUUACCCCCCCACCUUUUUUUUUGAAUGUGUUGCAGGCCUGAAAUGCAGGACUAGAUGUAUGAAAUGAAGUUGACCAGACAAAACAUGAAAUAUCUUGGGUUCAUACUGUCUGCAAGUCUACGUAAAUUUAGAAAUCACUGCUUUUUUAUUUGCAUUUUCCAUACUGUUCCACCUUUUUCUGAUUUAGCAUUGUAAGAUGUUAUUGUACUAAAAACAUUCAAACAGCAGCUGAUCUUACUGAUCUCAGACUGUCCUAAUCAGUGUGGCCUAACACAGAAGUUUUCAACCUUUUUGGGGCUAAAGCGGGCGGCACGGUGGUGUAGUGGUUAGCACUGUCGCCUCACAGCAAGAAGGUUCCGGGUUCGAGCCCCGUGGCCGGCGAGGGCCUUUCUGUGUGGAGUUUGCAUGUUCUCCCCGUGUCCACAUGGGUUUCCUCCGGGUGCUCCGGUUUCCCCCACAGUCCAAAGACAUGCAGGUUAGGUUAACUGGUGACUCUAAAUUGACUAUAGGUGUGAAUGUGAGUGUGAAUGGUUGUCUGUGUCUAUGUGUCAGCCCUGUGAUGACCUGGCGACUUGUCCAGGGUGUACCCCGCCUUUCGCCCGUAGUCAGCUGGGAUAGGCUCCAGCUUGCCUGCGACCCUGUAGAACAGGAUAAAGCGGCUACAGAUAAUAAGAUGAGAUGGGGCUAAAGCCUCACUCACAACCCACCGUAAGUGUUUUGGACACGCACGGAUCGCAUGGCUUGAUAGCUCGCAGCCGUGCCACAGGGUCGUGGUGAACCCGGGGGAAAGUUUGGGGGAGGAGUACGGGCAAAGUACUUGUCAAGUACAGGUGGCACACCUGACUUCCUCGAGGCGUGGGAAAAAUUGUGCCUUUAGCCCGUGGAAAGCAUAUAUCUGACGCAUGUGAUCAGUGCGUGUUCAGUGAGUGUGGAGUGUGUGAGACUUGCAUUUUACCAGUUUCCUGCGCUAUGAGUUUGGGCCACACUUGUGAAGCAUGUGUGACGCAUGUGAUUAGCAUGUUACAAUUACUCAUAACUUGCGUGUGACGCAAGCCAGGAGUGGGUAUAAAACCAGCAUGUCUGCAGCAUUCUGCAUCUGUCUUUUGACUGAAGAACACUAGAUAUUUUGUGGGAAAAAUGUAAAAAUUUUCAGUUUAAAGUUUAGGAAAUUGGACCCAAGAAGAAGCGACCAAAAGUGAAGUAACCCAGCCUGAAACAGCAGAGGGGGAGGAGGAGAAAGAAUUUGAUGAUGAUGGUAGCAGCACUGGCAAGCCCUGCAUGGACAGGAAGAAGUAUGCCUUCAAGCCGGCAGAAGGCACAGCACCCCGCCAGAGGUAUUUUCACAGCUAACGAUGCCCAGAAGUGAGGACACUGCAAUCCCAUCAUCACUGUCAGGCCAUUGUGCCAUGCUCAGUGAUGAGGACAAGGACAUCCUGACACCCCGUCCCACCACUCAGCAGGAGUAGGAGCAAGAAAGUAGCUCAGAGUCAGAGUCAAAGUGUGUUUCAGUGCUCAAACUGUUGAGCUAUUUAGUUGGGAUUUUUUACAAUGUAAUAAA